AUGUUCAGCAGCCGGCCAUCAGAAACACGGAGACGAACAACAGACAUCCCUUGCUGCGGGAUCUUCAUCUUAGCAGUAGGAGUGUUCGCGGGACUUCUGGUUUACGCCGAGCGGGAAGGAAACCCCCACUUGAUACUGGGGCUGCGGGACGCUGAUGGCCAGGUCUGCGGUGCGGACUUCGCCGUCAAAAAUCAGCCGUAUCUCUACCUUUGCCCCGAUGCAAGCAACAACUUCUUCAUGAAUGCGGGUCAUUGUGUCGAAGCUUGCCCCGGCCUGGCUUCGGAGAAGACGCCGUGUCCUAAGGGCUACGCCUCCCUCCCGUCUGAAACCAAUAUUUGUUUGCCUGCCGGCCAAUCGGCGGACCUGCUCUCCAAGAUGGAGUCGUCAGAGCUGAGUGGUGCGAUUGCUUUGUCCCACUUGUAUACCAAUCUCUUUCGGGCCUGGCCCCUCCUGCUCAUCGCUGCUCCGCUGCUUAGCGCGGCCAUCGGCUGCGCCUACUUGAGGAUCUCGAUUGCCUGGUGUUUGCAGUUCGGGCAAGCAGUUGAUCUCGAUAGUACUCGCCGCGGCCAAGCCCUUCACCGAAGUGCUUGCAUCAUGGCCUUCUGCACUGCCUGCUGCGCUGCCCCGGACAAGUCUGAGCUUGACUUUGGCUCGAAGCCGCUGGUGGAUGCCAAGGGAGUGCUGGACAAAUCGCCCGACCAAGUUGUGGUGGAGUCCGGCAUCUUCGAAGCAAAGCUUCGCUACGAGGGUCGUUCGCACGGCUUGGUGAUCGACACGGCCAACGACGAGCAGGCCAUCAUCAAGGAUGUUACGGGAGCCGGCCUCGUUUGGAACCACAAUGCCGCAGAGCACCAGCAGAUCAAGACAGCCGCCAUGGUCUUGAAGGUGAACGGUGAGGCUGUGACCGGUGAGAAUGUGCACAGGAAGCUUGCUGAUGCCGGGCCGGAAGCAACGCUGACCCUGCAGAAGGCCGUGGAGAGGAACUUGGUCCUGCACAAGCCUGGCCAGCUGGGAAUCACCGUGAAGUUUGCGAAGUCUUCCUACGGAAUCUGGAUCGCGACUUUGGCUCCAGGACUGGUGCAGGAUUGGAACGAGAAGAAUCCGGACCAGACGGUGUCUGUCAAUGACCGUAUCGUCUCUGUCAACGGAGUGACCGGCCAAUCCCAAGACCUCGUGGCAAAGAUGCGAGAGGUGUCGGAUACCAUUGUUCUGGUUGUGCAGCACUACGAGUGA